AUUAGAGUGAAAUUCUCGGCACAGUGAGUUUUACGUUUCUAUGACAGACUGCGGGUGAGUGAAUCUGGCGUAUCAGCCGUUAACAGCACAAGCUUUGGCGACCGUUUCUGAGAGUUCAGUAUUUUUUUUUUUAGUUCUUGGACAAAUAUUUCAAAAACUUUCGAGCACAUUGAAAAGUUUAUGUGCAUCAGUUUUGGAAAUCAUCUCACAGGAUUAAUGCUGUACACUAAAUAUGGGAGCUACAGACAGCAGCUACGUAGCUUAGCAUCGCAGAAAGACCCAAAACAGAAGGAAACAGCGAACCUGUCUCUGCUCAACGAAACGCGGUUAUUACCCUUUUAUUAUUAUUUAUCAAAUCUGUGAAAACAUGAGCUGUAAAAGCAGAAAUUAGUGGUUUUAUGUUGGGAACGAGACACAAGGUCUAAACUUUGUUUAUUCUGCUGUACAGGUGCUGAUCGACUGAUUUCUUAGCUUUUCCCGGAGCUCUGUUACCUGUUUCCUCUGUUUUCGGUCUUGAUCAGAUAACUGUAACAAGAGUGAUAUCGAUCCUCUAAUCGAUAAAAUCAACAGUGUAUCCAUAUCGCUCAGAGAUUAUACAGAGAAAAGCACAUGACACUGUGUGAACACACCCUUUCUGUGAUUUUUCUUAAGUGUGUUGCCUUCUGGACAAAAACUUUUCAUUUUUGCUUUUUUCUUCUUUCUCUUUUUUGUUUUUUUUUCGCUGUUGCACUUUUUGCUUCCCGUGGCUCCGGACACCUUAAAAAUAAAAUAAAAAACAAACCACUGUGCUGGUCGCAUCACAUCUCCUGGAAUAUCAAACCGAGAUCCACGUGCAUCUGGUGUUUCUGGUGCUCUUUUGGUAGCAGUUCAAGGGUAAAGAUUACAGACAGGGUUUUCAGGAAUGUCGUCAGCGAAAGGUUAAUGAAGACAGAAAUGUGCGUGUAUGCAUGUAUGUGUGUGUCUGGGGUAGCAUGUACGGCUGUUGGCCUCCCUUCCUUAUAUGUGCACAGAAUCUAUGGCAACCCGUCACUGUGGCCUUCCUGUUUUUGACUCCAGAUCUUUGUUUUUGUUUUUCUUUCUUUGUUUCUUUCGUAUGACAACAAGAAAACUGCAACAACUGAGGCUACAAGUUGUUUUCUUGACUUGGUCCUUUCUCUCCAGGAUAGUGAUAAAUAUAUACUUUUAUAUUUCAGUGUAAUAAAGAUGCUAUUAUGUACAGUA